CGAGAACUUUUACUUGACAAGGACCCUCCAACUUCCCAACCUUUAUCACCGGACAGGAGAGAGAUAGUGAGAGGGAAAGAAACGAAGAAGAUCCAAAUCUAAUGAUCCCAAAAGCAAAACAAACUCUUAGAAUGUUUUAGAUCUCCUCUGUAACUUGUGUACGAGUUCAACGUUUUCUGUUUGAAGAAGAAAGAAUAAGACAGCAUAAGGAGUAAUGGGCUCAGAGAGGGAAGAUUUCAAUUGUUCAGGGCCCUUGCACCUUAAUACUGUUGACUGGAGAAAUGUUGAUCACAGAAGGUCUGUUGCUGCCAGUUUGGUUCAGGGUGUAUACAUCUUACAGCGAGACCGUCAGGAGAACCGGCAAGGGACCCACGCCCUUGCUCCUCUGUGGUGGCAGUUCUUCAAUUUUCAGUUAUACAGUCAACUUGUGGAUGAUGCUGAUCUAUCUGUCUUUGGAGCCAUCUAUGAAUUGAUUCCUCAGAACUGCAACCACUUCAUUGAAGUUCCACUUUAUGUAAUUGCCUUUCGGGGCACCUUAACCAAAGGGGAUGCCUUUUCGCGAGACUUCGAAUUGGACAUCCACUUUAUUCGGAAUGGACUCCACCGGACAUCUCGCUUCGAAAUAGCAAUGCAAGCUGUCCAAAACAUGGUUGCUGCAGUGGGAAAUUCUAAUAUUUGGUUGGCUGGCCAUUCCCUGGGAUCAGCCAUGGCAAUGCUUGCAGGAAAGAAUAUGGCAAAAAGAGGCAUCUUCCUUGAAGCUUUUCUAUUUAAUCCACCAUUCUUUUCUGCCCCAAUAGAAAGAAUCAAGGAUAAGAAACUGAAACACGGAGUCCGAAUUGCAAGCAGCCUGAUCACGGCUGGAUUUGCUGUUGCUUUGAAGGGUAAACACCAGAAGAAUCAACCUGACAAUACAUUUGUUGCUCUGUCUGCAUGGGUGCCGUACCUAUUUGUGAAUCCGUCCGAUCACAUUUGUUCCGAAUAUAUUGGGUAUUUUGAACACAGGAAAAAGAUGGAGGAAAUUGGAGCAGGUGGUAUUGAGAGGUUGGCGACACAGCAUUCAAUUGGGGGUCUAUUUAUGACUGCAAUUGGGAAGGAGUCUGAAGAGGCACUGCACCUCAUUCCAUCAGCAAAUUUGACAGUUAAUUUGACUCGGUCCUCAGACUUCAAAGAAGCUCAUGGCAUCCACCAGUGGUGGAGAAAUGACCUGCACUUGCAGUCCAAACUUUACAAUUACUGAUGAGGUUUAUCUGCAGGUACUGUUAUUCUUCUUCGAUUGCUUUAUAUUUUUGUCAUUGUAGGAAUGUUUUAUUAUUUUCUUGUGUGAUGGAUGGAGUACUGAUUAUGUCUGUGCAUCAAUCUGGCGAUAGCUGUAUAAAUUAUGAUGUAGCUUUUGCCUCUGACAUUCUCCUUUCUGUUAGCACUUUAUAUAAAAAAAAAAACAUCAUGUCUAUUCUUCUAAAUGUUUCAUGGUUGGGGAUAACUAGUGUAACCAAGUAGAAUUAUGAGCCUAGACUUUGGUACAUGCUGCUGAACCUUUUCUUCUUUCUUUGUUUUGUU